AUGCCGGCCAUGCUGGACGACCCGGCGAGCCCCACAAUCUACCGCGUCUCCGGCGCCCCGCCGUAUCCGGACCCGAACAAGCCCGAACUCCCGGCCGACAUCGUCCCCCGUCAAGUGACCCUCCGGGACCGCCAAACCGUCGCCACCAUUAUCCCCUUCGCGUCCCAGCAUGAGGUCCCGCAAUCCCUUGUCCGCUACCUCAGCGACCAGCUCAACAAGGAAAUCGAGGGCGGCGACACCUACCCCAUGACCGACCGCAUGCCCGCCGACAAGUUCGGCGCCUACUGGUUCCAGAAUUUCGGCGCCAUCAUGCUCCUCGGCAACGUCGACCGCGCCGACCUCGCCGAGGACAUGGACUGGUCCCGCGAGUGCCUUGGCAGCUUCUACAUCAAGCCCAACUACCCCGGGCGCAGCUCGCACGUGUGCAACGCCGGCUUCCUCGUCACCGACGCCUCGCGCAACCGCGGCGUGGGCCGCCUCAUGGGCGAGUGCUACAUCGACUGGGCGCCGAAGCUGGGCUACACGUACUCCGUCUUCAACCUCGUCUACGAGACCAACGUCGCGUCGUGCAAGAUCUGGGACGCCCUCGGCUUCAAGCGCAUCGGGCGCGUCAAGGGCUGCGGCAACCUCAAGUCGCACCCGGGCGUGCUCAUCGACGCCAUCAUCUACGGGCGCGACCUCGUCCCCGGCGAAUCCGAGGAACUCGUGAGUGAAGAGCGUUUCGACAAGAUCAAGUUCUACCUCAAGUACGGCAAGUACCCGGCGGGGGCUGACCGCGCCGAGAAAAGCAGGCUCCGCAGCGCCGCGACGCACUAUAAGCUGCUGGACGGCGACCGGCUGAUGCUCAAGGACAAGGAGGUUGUCCCGGACCCGCGCCGCCAGUACGAGAUCGCCCGCGAGGUCCACGUCGCCAGCCACGGCGGCAUCAACAAGACGACGGCCACCAUUGCCGAGAAGUACCACUGGAGCCGCAUCAAGGAGACGGUUAGUGACGUGAUCAGGAACUGCGCGGAGUGUAAGGAGCUGGGGAAGAUGCCGGCGCCGGGGGGUAACGGGGGCGCGAGGGGAAGGGCGGCGGCGGCGGCUGCUGCUGCUGCGGCUGCCUCGAACAAGAGCGUGCCCAUGACUAACAAUUCUCUUUCGAACUCUACUUUAUCUGCUUCUUCAUCUACACCGAUGCCGUCUGCCGCGAGCGUCAGCGCCGCUGGUCGCGUUCUGGCGCUGCAACCACACCAUCUACCGCCUCUUUCACCACCGCGGUCGUCGCCGUAUGCGGAGGUCGCGUCAAUACCUCCGUCACAUACCCUCCGCGACCCGUCUGAUUCACCUUUACCUCGCCAUCCGCAUCAUAAUCCCAUGUUACAAGACGAAUCUUACCAGCCUAUCGACCCGCAGAUCAUUGGACCGCCGCCGACGUCGCAUGAUCCGUAUAAUCAUUACCACCCGCACCAUACAGAUUUCCAAGCUUUGCUGAAUGCUACGGAAGCUGAAGAGACGCCGGAGGAAGCAGCCGCGGUGGAUCGAGACUUGGACAUGUUGAUAGAGCAAGGAGACGAGGAAGAAGAUGACGUUGAUGAGCCUAUGGGAGACAAGGGACGGGACAAGGAGAUGUACGGGAUGGGGUACUCCGCGGGAUGA